GAAGUGCCGCCAAAACAAACCAAAAACCCAAAGGCUCUUUUAAGAGCCACUCAAUCUUUCUUUAACAGAGCUGUGUUUUUUCUCAUGUUAUCUGAAUUCAAUUUUAAUAUCAAGCAGAAUUUUGUCAACUGCAAGCUAAACUCCAACUGUAGUUCGAGAACAACUCGUUCAUAACAUGAUGUAGUUCACAUAAUGACCGGGAACAACAACUGAGAAUCCAAUUUUAUUCUGAGUACAGAUGUUGAAUUAAAUCGCCACUUAAAGCAAUUUUAGCUACGCUCAAACAUUAGAGGUGCCGGACUUCAGUAAUGAGUUAAUACGGAGAAUUGGUCGACAAUCAAAUCUGCCAUCAUUUGAUUUUAGAAUAGAUUUGAACAGGAUUUUUGGCGGGCUAUUGUCAAGUUUAAGUUUAUUUUCGGCUGGACACAAAAAAAAAGGCAAGAGGACCGGAAGCAUUUCCUUAUUUUCUGGGUGUUGCUGAGCUUGUUGAAAUGAAUGGACAAAAUGUACAGAAACACGAAAAUCAUACCACUUUUAUCUUCUACAGGUUAUAUUUUUUCUAAACAAGCCGUGUUGGGAUGUACCGAGGUGGUUUUGAUCAAUUUUCUUUUCACUCCGGUUCCAUAUUAAAGGCAGCCAAUGAACAUGCACUGCUUCUCCAUUCCUUGAUUAGCAUAUCGCCGUCAGCGCUUCCUAUUUAAAGGGCGCUCCGCCCAUCAUUUUGCCUAAUUGAGUCUGAACACGACUGAAGAAAUGCCGGAUCAGAAGACUGCUUCCAAGAAGGGCGCUAAGAAAGCGCUGCCGAAGCCAUCAGGCAAGUCCGGCAAGAAGCGCAGGAGGGUGAGGAAGGAGAGUUACGCCAUUUACAUCUACAAAGUGAUGAAGCAGGUUCACCCCGACACCGGCAUUUCCUCCAAGGCCAUGGGCAUCAUGAACUCGUUCGUGAGCGAUAUUUUCGAGCGCAUCGCCGGCGAGGCUUCCCGCCUAGCCCAUUACAACAAACGAUCGACUAUCAGCUCUCGGGAGAUCCAGACCGCCGUGCGCCUGCUGCUGCCCGGGGAGCUGGCCAAGCACGCCGUGUCGGAGGGAACAAAGGCCGUGACCAAGUACACCAGCUCCAAGUGAAGAGUGCCGCCAAAACAAACCACAGACCCAAAGGCUCUUUUAAGAGCCACUCAAUCUUUCAUUAACAGAGCUGCAUUUCUUUGUCAUAUUCUGUGAAUCCCAUUUCAAUGCCAAAUGGUUCUUUGACGAAUAUUUUGCGAAAUCUGCUGGCUAAACUGGAGCCGUAGUUGGAGAAGAGCAAUGAAAUCCCCAGAUACAUCUGUAAUAUUAGCUACACUCAAACAUUAGAUGUGGUGGACGUCAGUAAUGGGUUAAUGCAGAGAAUUAGUCCACAAGCAGAUCCGCAAUUAUUUGAUUUUAGAUUAGGUUUGAACAAAGGAUUUUUGGCGGUAUGGUUUCAAAUUUCAGUUUAUUUUCGGCGGGUAAACAGGUACUUCCGCGCUUUUGAUUUCGUUUGGUAAAUAAGUCGGCUCUCUCACUGGUUGAUUUGCUCUCUGUGAUGUACUUAAGCGUUGUUGCACCAAUCCUGAA